AUGCUGCUCAGAAAUCUUGAACCGAAGAGACAGCUGUGCAACGGCACUAGGUUGGUGGUCACCGAACUGCGUCAUCACAAUUUCAAGGCCAGGAUUUUGAACGUUGACGCACAGGACGAUAUAGUCGUGCCUGCGAUACCGCUCACGUCCAGUGGCGAGGACGACCUGCCCAUCAUAAUGCGGUGCGUUCAGUUCCCAGUUAGGUUGUCGUUCGCCAUGACCAUCAACAAGUCGCAGGGUCAGACGUUCGACCGAGUGGGUCUGCUACUGCCGUCGCCCGUGUUCACGCACGGGCAACUGUACGAGGCGUUCUCGAGAGUGAGAAACACACAGUCACCGGGAGUCGGCAUGUACACCGAUGUCACCAAGAAUAUCGUGUACAGGUAG